CUCCGCCGCCCUCCCGCACCGCCUCCCCGCUGCUGGCCCGUGUCCCGCGGCCGCCUCGCAGCCCGGUGUAUGUGCGGCAACAACAUGUCGGCGCCGCUGCCCGCCAUCGUCCCGGCCGCCAGGAAGGCCACGGCCGCCGUCAUUUUUCUUCAUGGAUUGGGAGAUACCGGGCAUGGAUGGUCAGAAGCGCUUGCAGGUAUCAAAAGCCCUCAUGUGAAAUACAUUUGCCCACAUGCGCCAGUCAUGCCAGUUUCUUUGAACAUGAACAUGUCUAUGCCAUCAUGGUUUGAUAUCACUGGACUUUCUCCAGAUUCACAGGAGGAUGAAGCUGGGAUCAAGCAGGCGGCGGAGAAUGUUAAAGCACUGAUAGAUCAAGAAGUAAAAAAUGGAAUUCCUUCUAAUCGAAUUAUUCUAGGAGGCUUUUCUCAGGGAGGUGCUUUAUCGUUGUAUACAGCUCUUACAACACAUCAGAAAUUAGCAGGUGUUGUAGCCCUCAGCUGUUGGCUUCCUCUACGGGCCUCUUUUCCUCAGCAGGGCCCUAUCAGUGGUGUCAACAAGGACAUUCCUGUUCUUCAGUGCCACGGGGAUUGUGACCCACUGGUUCCUGUAAUGUUCGGUUCCCUCACUGUUGAGAAGCUAAAGAGUAUGAUAAAUCCAGCCAAUGUAACCUUCAAGACCUACUCUGGCAUGAUGCAUAGCUCAUCUCUUGAGGAGAUGAUGGAUGUAAAACAGUUCAUAGACAAACAUCUACCUCCCAUAGACUGAAUUGAUCCGUGAGAAGCCUUCUAUAUAAAUACACCAGCAUCAACUGUGGUAGAGUGUUAAUCUUUUCAUAUGCCUGAUAGGAAGCAUUAUUUCUAUACCUGCAGUGUUACUACUGUGUUGCAAAUUUAUACUUAGGAUGAGGAUUAAAUAAUACAAAUGUACAAGAAAUGAUAAUCUUUUUAGUAUUCAUCACCCACUGGUGGGAACUAUAUAAAUGAGGGGACUAGGUAACAAUGACAGAAUGUAACCCUAAACGUACCAUUUUAAGAUGUCUGAUUUUUUUUUUUCUUUGAUUGCAGAAUUUUAAACUAUUUGUACAGGUAAUUAAAAACUAAAUUUAAGUGAGCCACACAGAUGUGACCAGUUUAGUUGUACUUGAGACACGGUUUGUUCUUAAUACUCGCUGAAAACAUAUAGCAGCAUUUAAGUAAUGAAUGCGUAAAGUACACAACGUGGAACACAGUGUACAUAAAGUACACAACAUGUAACGUAGUGGGCAUGGGUAGAAUAAAUGCUACUGAGAAUAAAGCUUUAAAGAUUGUGGGUUAAUUUUUUAACGGAUAAGGAGGGUUGAUCUAUAAUGGCUAGAAGUCAGCUAAGGUAUUUCUUAUAUUUAAAACACCUCCAUUUUAAAUUGUUCAUAUAGGUAGAUACUGUGGAAAUUCUAAAGGGACUCAUUCCUUGUUAGGCUGUCCUUUGUCACUUAUUGUCUGUCUUUGUUUUUUUAAACUUGUUGCAAAUGUUGACUUGGAACAGAAUUCUGAAGAAGUGCAUAGGAUCAAUUUGAGUUUGAUUAAAGAAGUCUUGUUUUCAUACUGAAUAUGCUUUAGUCAUUGUAGCUUUCAUUUUUGUGUGUAUUUCACAUGAGCAGUUACAGCAUACAGUUUUGAUUUUUUUUUUCCUCUCUGUCUGUUUGAACUAACUAACUGAAAAUAGCGUAGCUGUGUAGUUUUGUGUAUUGCUGGAAUCUCAUCUGCAACACACACAUUCACUUAUUUGAAUUAUUUUUGAAUAGAAAUAUUAGUGCAAUUUGGAUAUAACUUACCUAAACUUUAAAUUGAUACCAUAUAAUACUUUCUCUUAUUGAAUGUUGAGAUUUGGGGUUUUUUUGGGGUUUUUUUGGUUUUUUUUUUUUCUGAAAAGGAACAAAGCAUUUUAUUUUCAAAUAUAUCAGUCUGCAUUUCCCCAGAUCAGCAUAGCCUAGGAAUAUGAAGAUAUACCAUGGAAAAAAAAUUAAAUCUGCAAGAUACAAAAUGUUUCUUCUUUCAGAAGCUUAAAAUAGCAGGAUGCAGUGGGUUACAGGAAUUGAUGCACACUCAAUAGCUUUUUGCAUUUAAGAGCCACAAUUUACUUCUGGCAACUGCUCUUCUGUGGAGCUCAGAGGCUGUCACCACACUAGGAAUGCUUAACAUAAUGCACUACACUUUUUACUACAUAAUAUGCUGCAUAACAAUGUUCUAUACUAUGUUUUCAGUCAAAGAAUAUUCCUAUUUUGGAUGCAUCUCUCAUGUCAGCACUGUGCUUCAUACCUGUGUUUAAGGUACAUUUUCUUCUCCCAGCUUAAUCAAGGGGGUCCUCUUAGAGUGUAUAUGGAUUUAUGUCUGAGGCAUCUGCCAGUGCAAAUACAUAAGUGGGGAAUUAUACUUCAUUUUUAGGAAGCUGUUUUUCUCUUCUAAUCCAGUUGCUAUGGAUUAUGAAAUAUCACUUGAUACGUAAAAUUAAAAAGGAGUUUUCUUCCUAAAUGGUAAUGAAACAGUUUUAGAUACUCCAUCUGUGUAGUUAAGAGGGCAUGUUUAUUAACUUUGAAGUUUAAUUAGUCAUUUCUCUCAAUCACUCUCUUCUAUAGAUCUGCCAAUUUGUCUUUCAGUUAAUUUAGUUCACAGAAGAAACCAUAAUAUUCUUAUUGUAGUUGUGCCAAAGUUCUCUUGAGAAAACAGUAUGUUCUAGCUUGGAGUCAUUCCCAAAUUGCAUUAGGUAAUUUUGCAGUCCUGCUGAAUUGCAGUCUUGGUAAGCAAACUAUAUGGUAUUUCUCCUAGUUUUUAGAUUUAUUUUCAUUCCCCUGUUGUCUACAUAUUUCCCUGAAUAUUGGUGUGUUUCCAAAGUUCUUGGAUGAACUUAUAAUUUUUACUUCAUUACUUUCAUGUUCUGUUUGUAGAUUUGUUGAUAUGCUGUUCAGCUGUCUUAAGUUCUAAUUGACUGUGCCCUUAUUUCAUAUAUUCCUCCUUCUGCAAGAAUGAGUUUAAAAAAGUAUUUCUAAGACUUUAAAAUGAGAUCAGUCCUAACUUAAUUCUGUAUUAGCCUCAUAACACUUUCUUCAGUUUGAUGAACUGUAUUUACAGCUUGUGGUCAGUUUCUAAUACUUAUGCAUUCUAAUCCCAGUCAGCUUCAACUGUCAUCAUUGUGAUCCUUUCAGAUGUUUUUCUAUAAAUGCUUUUUAUGUGUUAACUUUGUUCAAAUACUCAGCUAUCAUAACAAGAUUCUUUUUCAUACUGCUGUUUUGCUGCUUGAUUUAUCUACAAAGAGCUGUUACCAAAGUAAAUAUCAGUAAAUGUUUUGACUUACUCUGAAUUUCUGUGUUCUAGGAAGAAUUCUCCUCAUUUUCUUUUUCAGGAGUGUAUGUUUAUGUUGUAGUUGGGGGUUGUUAAAGAGCCCAGAAGCUAGAGGAAACUUCAAGUCUGUAUCUUGUCCAUGAAACAGUGUGUAUCUCGAGCUCCUGUCUUUUGUAACUUCCUGGCUGGUUUGAAAACUUUGAGUAUGAUCUUAUAGCUGAACUUCAUCAUUACCUUAAGUGAUUUGAUGUUGGACUUAUUGUCAUAAUGCAUAUACAUGAGACUGAAUGAUGGCUCAGUCUGGUGGGGGAGUUUUCAUAGUGUUCUAUUAAAAUGGAGAACUUGGACUGUCAGUGUUCUAAAUAUGAAUGUCCCAUCAGCGAAUGUCCUACAAUUUGAAACUGUCCGAUAAUGAAGUUUAUUUUUUGUAAUCUUAGACUUUCCACCAAAGGAAGUGGUGUCUGUCAAAGGUGUGAAAACAGUGAUACGAAAAUACCUUGCUUGCAGAUCAGUUUGUUUGAACAGGCAUCUAACUUGCUAAUGUUAAUUUCAAAAUGGUACUUAAAUUUGACUGCAGUUUUGUGCAAUGAUAAGUCUGACUUCUUGUUGGAAUAUGUCGCCCACUUUUUAAUAAACAUGUUGAGUUAUAUAUUAUAAGCCAAAUCUUCCAGCCAUUCUUGAGGUAAACCUGUACUGGGGUCUGUACUGUGGUGAGGGCUGUAUGAUUUGGUCUCUUCCUACUAUUUUGUGUAAUUACAACACAGUAGAUUGCUAAAAGUACUGUACACUGUAACUGGUAUUAGAACUGUUAAUUAAAAGAUGUUCUCUCUAAUGGA